UGUGGGUAGGUACUAGGUAGUGGAGCUAGUGGAGGUAGUACUUUGAACAUUGACUAAUAGGUGGACUAUAAAAAAGAAAAAGAAAAAGUAGAAAAAUGACUGUUGUUAUCUAACCUUUCAAGUUUCAGGUGAUAACAACGAAAAUUGCAGAAAUUCACAGUUGAAGUUCUUACUUAAUAUUUCAUAGUUCAUAGUCCCUACAAUCCCAACCAAAAUAUCAGAAACACAAUGGCUGAUAUUGGAACUGUGCUAACUGUUGCUCAAACAUUGUUUGCAGCACUGGAAUGCUCAAGCCUCAAGGAGAUAUUCUUUGUUUGGGGCUAUAAAUCUGAUCUAGAAGACCUCAAAUUAACUGUCUCCACCAUAACAAAAGUGCUCCUAGAUUCAGAGGCUAAGCUAGAGUUCUCUAAUGAAGAAGAAGAUUGGAUUGAGAAACUCCAACAGGCUGUUUAUGAUGCUGAUGAUUUGUUCGAUGAGAUCCUUACUUUUGCUAAGCAAAAGGAGCAGAACACUGGUGGUAUUGGUAUUGGUAAAUUGUUUAAAAAGGUUCGUGAUUUCUUAUCUUCUAACAACCAAUUUACUGUGGCUUACACAAUCUCUCAACAAGUUAAGAAAAUCAGGAAGAAAUUGGAUGCUUUUGCUGAUAACCAUAGAAAAUUUGGCUUUGUUGUUGUUGAGUCCUGCUCCCGACCAAUUAGGAGAAGAGCAGAGUCCUAUUCUUAUGCUUAUGUUGCUGAUGUUAUCGGGAGGGAGGAUGACCUGAAUGUUGUCAUACACAUGUUGUUAGAUUCUGAUGUCAAGGAUGAUGUUGGUUUUCUAACUAUUGUAGGAGUUGGAGGAUUGGGGAAAACCACUCUUGCCCAAUUAGUUUAUCAUGAUGAAAGGGUUAUAUGUGAGUUUUCCUUGAGGUUGUGGGUUUGUGUAUCUGAUCAAGAUGGGGAACAAUUUGAUGUGAGAACAAUUCUUGCCAAGAUACUAGAAUCAGCUACAUCUAAAAAACAUGAUAGCCUUGGAAUAGAUAUAUUGCAAAGUCAACUGCAACAAGAGCUAGGAAAUAACAAGUACUUGCUUGUUCUUGAUGAUGUAUGGAAUGAGGAUCGAUACAGGUGGCUUGAUUUGAGAAAAUUCUUAAUUACAGGCGCUAGGGGGAGUAAGGUUAUUGUGACUAGUCGCUCAAAAAUGACUGCAAGUAUCAUAGGAAGUGAGCAUAGUACAUAUGAGUUAGAAUGUUUGUCUGAAGUGAAUUCAUGGCGAUUGUUCGAGAUGACAGCAUUUGGCAUGGGGGACUACCAAGAUUUCCCUAGUGUAUUAGUUGAGAUUGGCAAGAAGAUUGUUGAAAAUUGUCAUAACUCUCCUCUGGCUAUAAAAGUGGUCGGUAGUCUUCUAUAUGGUCAAGAUCUGAACAAGUGGAAAUCAUUUCAAGAGAGUGGUCUAGCCAAAAUUAGAAAAGGUGAGAAUGAGAUUAUGUCGAUACUGAAGCUUAGUUACCAUAAUCUAGAAUCACCACUGAAAACUUGCUUUAGAUAUUGCGCUUUGUUUCCCAAGGAUCAUGUCAUAAACAAAAGAAAGUUGAUUAAUCUUUGGAUGGCACAACAAUAUAUUGUGCCAUUUGAUGGAGGCCAAAGCAUAGAAGAUGCGGGUGAGGAAUAUUUUUCAAUAUUGUUAAGAAGAUGUUUCUUCCAGGAUGUGGAAAAGAGUGAGUUUGGUGAAGUUUAUUCAUGUAAGAUUCAUGAUUUGAUGCGGGAUGUUGCUCAAGAUGUAGCUGGAAAUGAAAUGUGUCUGGUUAAUGGCCUUGCAAGCAACUUGGCUGAUACUAAUCGUCAUUUAUUUCAUGCUGGAAACAUUUGUACAAUGGGUUUCUCUAAACUUAAGAUUCGUACAUAUCUUAGAGAUGGUUAUAACCUAAAUCAGGUGAGCACAUUACUAGCAAGUUGGCGGUUGCUCAGGGUGCUGGACCUACAUGACUUGAAUAUUGAAUUCCUGCCAGGUUCAAUCGGUAAACUGUUGCAUUUAAGAUAUCUUGAUCUGUCCCAAAACAGAAAUCUCAGGGCACUUCCCACUUCAAUUACAAAUUUAUAUAAUCUUCAAAUUCUAGAUCUACACAAAUGCUUUAUGUUGAGAGAGUUGCCCAACGACUUGAAUAAACUAGUAAAUCUUAGAUGCUUGCUCAACGAUGACUGCUCUUGGCUGCUAUGCACGCCUCCAGGCAUGGGUAAGUUGUCUUAUCUUCAUACACUUUCUGAGUUCAUUGUACGUGGAAAGCAUUAUGUUGACCAGCUAAAAGAUCUCAAGGCUCUCAAAAAGUUAAGAGACAGCUUCAAUAUCUCCACUAAGUGCUAUAGAUAUAGAGGAACAUGACGAGGAGGGAGGAUAUUUGAGGAGUAUGCAACAUCUGAAGCAACUAUCAAUAACUUUUAAAGGUUAUGAAUCUACAUCUGAAAAUUCUAUAAAUGUCUUUAAUUACCAUGAAUCUCUGUUGAAGGAUCUGCAGCCACAUCCUAAUCUCAGGGCUUUCUCAUUGAUACGUUUCCAGAGUGUAGACUUUCCAAGGUGGGGAAGAGAAUUGACGAAUUCUCUCCCAAAUCUGGUUAAAUUAUAUAUUGUGUCUUGCUAUGGAUUGCAGAUUCUCCCAUCGCUGAGCAAACUGCGUUAUCUAAAAGUACUGAAACUUUUAGAUUUGGCUAAUUUGGAGUACGUAGAAGAUUCAACGAGCAAUAGUGAUCAUACAGCCUUUUCUGUGUCAGGGUCAAGGAUAGCAGAAUUAACCUUUUUCCCCUCUCUUGAAAAUCUAGAAAUCAGGGAAGUGCCGAAUCUGAAAGGAUGGUGGAGAGUGGCAAAUCAGCUCAAUGAUAUUGAUAGCAGUAACAGCUCACAUGCCUGUCAAUCAUCGUUUUCAUGUCUAUCUUUAUUGGCCAUUGAGAAUUGCCCUAAUCUGCUAUCAUUUCCUCUCUGUCCAAGCGUGCAAGAACUUUGUUUGACUAGAUUGAACGAAGCAUUGCAAAUAAAAAUGGGCCAGGAUGAUAUAGAGUUGGUUUCUUCAUCCACUUGUGUGUCAAAAUUGCAGUCAGAUAUUGGAACACAUCCAAAUUUAAGGCAUGUGACUUUAGAUAACACGGAUUAUUUCAAAUCAAUCCCUGUGGAACGUCUUACUAGCAUGACCAUCAGAUUAGCUCUACGGCUCCAGAGUUUGUCAGAAAUUGGAGAGGUUUUCAAGAGGUGUUCUUCUCUACGUAAUCUUGGGAUUGACCUUUGCGUUAAUCUUAAGAGUCUUUCUGGAGGUUUAGAGUAUCUCACUGCCUUGGAGUCUUUAAAAAUUCAUGCAGCUUCAAGGGCCUUUUCCUGUAAAGAGAAUGAUGAUGGGUCACCCUGGAGAUCUGUUUCCCAGACCCUCCGUUCCCUGGAAUUAAGCGGUUUAAGGAGCUUGGAUAGUCUACCCAAGGGGUUGCAGUACUUGACCAGCCUGCGACACCUAAAAAUUGAUGGUUGUAUGCCGUUGAAUGAAGUACCAGAAUGGAUAAGCUGCUUCUCAUCUCUUCAAUCCCUGAGCCUCAGUGGUUGUACAAAUCUCAUAUCACUUCCCACUGCAAUGCGGCAGCUCACCUCUCUCCAGCGACUUGAAAUCAUGCGAUGUUCAGAGCUUUUAUCAAGAAGAUGCCGAAAUCCGAUAGGGGAAGAUUGGUCCAAGAUCCAACACAUUCCCUCCAUUUCCAUCAGUUGAUAAUUCCGUUUAUCAAUUUUUGGUUGUCUUUUGGGGUUUUUGUGAAAAGCACUAUGAAUAUAACAUUUUUCAAUUUUGUAAUUGAAUUUGUGUAGGGGACAUUUUUAAUUUCUUUUUAGUUGAUUUCCAUUUGGGUCAUUAAGAUCUUGUUAUUUUGGACUUAUUUUUAGUUUAGUUCAGUUAAUUUCAGUUGAAUUUAGUUGAUUUCAUGUCA